CAGAGGUUAUCGCCUUAUAAAAGCAGCCGGGUGACCUACACCUCCUUCUGACUUGGCUUGGAGAGACUUGCAACAGGUGUGUCGUGUGACUAUCAAUAAGCUGCUGAAAUCAAGAUGAAGCUUUUGAUCUUUGUUGUCUGUGUUGCCGUGGCAACGGCCAUAGAUCCUCAAUGGGAGGCCUUCAAACUUCUUCAUGGCAAGCAGUACAGUGAGUACGAGGACGGUGCCAGAUACGCCAUAUUCCAGGAGAACAGCAGGAUUGUGAAACAGCACAAUGAGGAGGCCGCCAUGGGCAAACACACCUUCUUCAUGAGGAUGAACAAGUUCGGCGAUAUGACAAACGAGGAGUUCCAGAUGCUCGUGAUCGGGUCAGGUCUGUUGUACUCCAACAAGACCCAGCAAACCGAGGGGGGAGUCUUUGAGAGCCUGCCGGGACUGAAGGUCAACGACACCGUGGACUGGAGACAGAAAGGUGCGGUGACGAAGGUGAAGAACCAGGAGCAGUGCGGGUCCUGCUGGGCCUUCAGUACGACCGGCUCUCUGGAGGGUCAACACUUCCUGAAGUCAGGCACACUGGUUUCCCUGAGUGAACAGAACCUGGUGGACUGCUCCCGUAAGGAGGGGAACAAGGGUUGCCAGGGCGGUCUGAUGGAUCAGGCCUUCAAGUACAUCAAGACCAACGGUGGCAUCGACACUGAAGAGUGCUACCCAUACAAAGGAAAGAACGAGAGAAAGUGCGAGUACAAGUCGAGCUGCAGCGGAGCCACCCUGUCCAGCUACGUUGACAUCAAGACUGGAGACGAGGACGCCCUGAUGCAGGCUUCCGCCACCAUCGGGCCCAUCUCUGUCGGCAUUGACGCUAGCCACCCCUCCUUCCAGCUGUACGACCACGGUGUUUACCACGAGAAGAGAUGCAGCUCCAAGAAGCUGGACCACGGUGUGCUUGUUGUGGGCUAUGGUACUGAUGGCGAGAAAGACUACUGGCUCGUCAAGAACAGCUGGGGCGAGGAGUGGGGCAUGGAGGGCUACAUCAAGAUGUCCCGCAACAAGGAUAACCAGUGCGGCAUCGCAACUCAAGCCAGCUACCCUGUUGUCUAAUUCAAUGAAUUCCAAAUCUUUACUAGUAACGUACACAAAAACAGUGCAUUUUCCAGACCGUUGGACGAAUAGUUCUCGGUGAUUGGCACAAUAGUACUAGUCCAAGACUCGCCAUCUGACAUUGUACUUUUUCUUUAACUUCUGCUUUGAAGAAUGCAUACAAAAAAUUUCUACCUUAACGAGCCCACGAUAGUAAAGAAAACCUAACCUCUGCCUUUGCCUGUACGUGGAAUAAAAAAAAAAGCCAUAGAGUAAACUUGAUGUACAGCAUAUCACAAGCAGCUUCAGCAAUACUUUCAAAGUUACAUAUUCAGCUGUUGUAGAUAUCUUCCAAGCCUCUCCGUGAAAGUAUAGGAAAAUAUAUAUCAUGAACUGAUACACAUUGUAUACUUUUUCCUUCAAUAAAAAAAAAAGAUGCCAUA